AUGACCUCAGAGAAAGAAAGCAAUGGACUUGACAACUAUGCAUUUGCGCUGGAAGGAGGUUUCUGUGAACUACCUGAGAAAGGACAGGACCUGGACUCCUCUAUUGAAGGAAACACUAACAAACUGGCAUACUGCGUGACAGAUGUCCCUCCAUGGUACCUCUGCAUCCUCUUAGGAACACAGCAUUGUUUAACUGCAUUUGGGGGCAUCAUCGCCAUCCCCCUGAUCCUGUCUCAGAGCCUGUGUCUGCAGCAUGAUGGCCUCACACAGAGCUACCUCAUCAGCACCAUCUUCUUUGUCUCUGGAAUCUGCACCUUGUUGCAGGUUACCUUUGGUAUCAGACUGCCCAUUCUUCAAGGUGGCACAUUCACACUGUUGGCCCCCUCCAUGGCGAUGCUGUCAAUGCCUGAGUUUGUAUGUCCAGCCUGGACCCAAAACAUCAGCUCAGUCAACACCUCCUCCCCAGAGUUUAUAGAAGUAUGGCAGAGUCGACUGAGAGCUCUGCAGGGUUCCAUUAUUGUGGGCUCACUUUUCCAGGUGUUUGUUGGAUUUUCUGGCCUCAUCGGCCUCUUCAUGCGCUUUAUUGGGCCUCUAACCAUUGCUCCCACCAUUGCUCUCAUUGGUCUGUCACUGUUUGACUCAGCUGGUAACAGCGCUGGCAACCACUGGGGCAUCUCUUCAAUGACUACAGUUUUGAUAAUCCUAUUUUCACAGUACCUCCGUCACAUUGCUGUGCCAUUUCCUACAUAUAGCAAGGAUAAAAAGCUCCACACUUCUCGAGUCUACAUCUUUCAAAUUCUUCCAGUCUUAAUGGGAAUUACAAUUUCCUGGCUCAUUUGUUACAUCUUGACAAGAUAUGAUGUGCUUCCUGCUGAACCAGGACAGUAUGGUUACCUUGCACGCACAGAUCUAAAAGGAGACGUAAUAAAUCAAGCUCCCUGGUUUACAUUCCCAUACCCAGGACAAUGGGGACGACCGACUGUGAGCCUGGCAGGGGUGGUUGGGAUUUUGGCCGGGGUGAUCUCCUCUAUGAUAGAGUCUGUUGGGGAUUACCAUGCAUGUGCACGAUUGUCUGGAGCUCCACCACCACCCAAACAUGCCAUCAACAGGGGAAUUGGGAUUGAAGGGAUAGGUUGUCUACUUGCUGGAGCAUGGGGAACUGGAAAUGGGACCACUUCUUACAGUGAGAAUGUUGGAGCCCUCGGUAUUACAAAGGUUGGGAGCCGUAUGGUCAUAGUGGCAAGUGGUGUGUUCAUGGUUGCCAUGGGGAUACUUGGUAAAAUGGGUGCUAUAUUUGCAACCAUCCCCUCACCUGUGAUCGGAGGAAUGUUCAUGGUUAUGUUUGGUGUCAUCUGUGCAGCAGGAGUCACUAAUUUGCAGUACACCGACAUGAAUUCAUCAAGAAACAUCUUCAUUUUUGGAUUCUCCAUGUUCUCUGGUCUGGUCAUUCCUAACUGGAUAUUAAAAAACCCCAACGUUAUUGCCACAGGUGUGGUGGAAUUUGAUCAGAUGUUGCAAGUACUUCUGACCACCAGCAUGUUUGUUGGAGGUUUCUUCGGCUUCAUACUGGACAACACCAUCCCAGGAUCCAAGGAGGAACGCGGCAUCCUGGCCUGGAAUAAAGCUCACGAAGAUGACUCCUGUGAAACCCUGGAUACCGGAGAAGUGUACAACCUCCCCUUUGGCAUGACCUCCUACUUGUCCUCUUUCUCCUGGCUGCGCUACAUACCAUUCUGCCCUCUUGGCCUGUCCACCUCGCUGGAUCCUAAGGAGCCGCUGGGAACUCCUGAUCCAGGACAAAUCAUGAUUGGAGUUGGUUUGUGAGCGCUGUGUUCUCCUCAAGGUGCAAGAAGUUUUAUUUCUUUUUCACACGCUACCAUUAGAGGCAGCUCAGAUUUUGUCAUAUCUCAGACAUAAUAUUCUCUGAGAAUUUACUGUAACAACAGUGUGCAGAAUAUUUGAGAGGUAUUUUGUGGUAUUGCAAAUAACAUUUGACGAUUCAUCACCUUUCAUUUUCUUUUUCGGACUGUUCCACUGAUUUUAAGUGACAUCAAAUUGUGCAUUCAAAAUACAAAAAAAAAAAGGACAUGAAAAGAAGGAAAAUGAAAAACACCCUUAUUUCCCAGAAAUGCUUAAAUAAAGCAUCCUGCAUAUAAAAAGCAUAAAAAGUCUCAUAUGUGUUCAAUUUAGUAGUGCUUUUCUUUGAAGGUUAUUUCUAAGAGGAUUUAUUAUUUUCUUACAUAACGAUUUUUCCCUCUGGAUCCAAAAUUACAAGGGAUUAUAAUAAUCCAGGACAGAAUCCGUCUUUAACGUGUGGAGAUUUAAACUAAGGCUUUCAUACAUUUUCCAAUGUUAUAUAUGAGCAUGUUUCACCCCUAUUUUGCUGUGACUGCUGUUUUGUUAGGGUAAAAAGGUUCAGCUUGUGAAUUUUCUGGUCUGAAUUUUCAUUUUCAUGCAGGUGCUAACAAGUCAAUCAUCUACUGUAAAUACAUUAUGUAAAUAUUGGAUCUCACAGCUGAAUCAAUCACAAACUACUUACAAAAUAUUUGAGAAAUAUCUUCAUUUGAUUUUGAUUCAGUAAAUUUCAGAUUUCCUUCAGUUGCAACUGUUAUUUAAUAAUUUCACUGUUGUAUUUUUUUUAAAUGUACAUUAAACUUAAACAUGGAACUGAUCACCCAGUUCCUCAGUUUUUCUGUCUCA